CCCGACCCGCGACCGGCCAUGGCGUUGAAAGCCAGAGCGCUUUACAACUUCCAGAGCGAAAACAAAGAGGAGAUCAGCAUCCAGGAGAACGAGGAGCUCGUCAUCUUCAGUGAGAACUCCCUGGACGGGUGGUUACAGGGCCAAAACAGCCGCGGGGAGACCGGCCUCUUCCCUGCUUCCUAUGUCGAGAUCCUCCGCUCCCGGUCAGGCUCCAACUACACGGACUACUCCAGCAGCCCGGCCGGCUCCCCCGGGCACGACUCCUCCUUCUACUCAGCAUCCCCCAAUCCCGGCAUCUCCUACCAGGGCAGUUUUGAGGACGACGAUGAUGAUGAUUGGGAUGACUGGGACGAUGCGUGCACGGUGGUGGAGGAGCCCCGGAGCGCCCCGGGUACCAACGGGCACCCCUCACCCAAUCUGCAGUACCCGGAGGCCUAUGGCCACCACCAGCAUGCCGGUUACCGGCCCAAGCCGGCGCUGGAGAGGCAGGAUAGCAUGAGCUCCUCCAAGAGGGGCAGCGUGGUAGGGAGGAACCUCAACCGCUUCUCCUGCUUCGUCCGCUCCGGUGUGGAAGCCUUCAUCCUGGGCGACGUGCCCCUGAUGUCCAAGAUCUCUGAGACAUACUGCAUCGAGAUGGGCUCCAGAGGUCCCCAGUGGAGGGCGAACCCCCACCCCUUCAUCUGUUCCGUGGAGGACCCCACCAAGCAGACCAAGUUCAAGGGCAUCAAGAGCUACAUCUCCUACAAGCUGACCCCCAGCAACAUCAACUCGCCCGUGUACCGGCGGUACAAGCACUUCGACUGGCUCUACAACCGCCUCCUGCACAAGUUCACGGUGAUCUCGGUGCCCCACCUGCCCGAGAAGCAGGCCACUGGCCGCUUUGAGGAGGACUUCAUUGAGAAGCGCAAGCGGCGACUGAUCCUCUGGAUGGACCACAUGACCAGCCACCCCGUCCUCUCCCAGUACGAGGGCUUCCAGCACUUCCUCUGCUGCCGUGACGAGAAGCAGUGGAAGCUGGGCAAACGCCGGGCGGAAAAGGAUGAGAUGGUGGGUGCCAGCUUCCUCCUCACCAUCCAGAUUCCCACGGAGCACCAGGACCUGCAGGAUGUGGAGGACCGCGUGGACGCCUUCAAGGCCUUCAGCAAGAAGAUGGACGACAGCGUCCUGCAGCUGACCAACGUGGCCUUGGAGCUGGUGCGCAAGCACGUGGGGGGCUUCCGGAAGGAGUUCCAGAAGUUGGGCAAUGCCUUCCAAGCCAUCAGCCACUCCUUCCACAUGGACCCUCCCUACAGCUUGGAUGCCCUCAACAACGCCAUCUCCCACACGGGCAAGACGUACGAGACUGUGGGGGAGAUGUUUGCUGAGCAGCCCAAGAAUGACCUGUUCCUCAUGCUGGACACGCUUUCCUUAUACCAAGGGCUCCUCUCCAACUUUCCAGACAUCAUCCACCUCCAGAAAGGCGCCUUCGCGAAGGUGAAGGAGAGCCAGCGGAUGAGCGACGAGGGCAGGAUGGACCAGGAGGAGGCUGACGGGAUCCGCAAGCGCUGCCGCGUGGUGGGCUUCGCCCUGCAGGCCGAGAUGAACCACUUCCACGAGCGCCGCGUGGCUGACUUCAAGAGGAUGAUGCAGUCCUACCUAAGACAGCAGAUCGUCUUCUACCAGCGCGUCAGCCAGCAGCUGGAGAAGACGCUGCGCAUGUAUGACAACCUCUAACGCCUCCACUUGCUCUGCCCGCAGCCUCGCACGCCUCCUCUGUCUGUGGCAGACUGAGAACUAACAGGAACUCAUCACGCUAGAGACCAAAUAACUUUGGGCUUUCCUCCCCCUUCCCGGGCCUGUGGGGAAGGGCUCGCCCGCGGGUUGGCCGUGCCAUCUCUUUCCCUGGGUCCUCCUAGCCUGCCGUGGGUCUGGUGGGAGCACGAGAGGCUCACAAGAGAGACAGAUGUGGAGGUAACAGUGCUGCCCAGUGAUUUUUAGCUUUCUGAAAACCCACUCUCCUGGAGCAGAGGCAGGUGCAUCCCAGCCUGCUGGGAGGAGAAGUCCAAGCGGUCAACAUUUUGCACACUAAAAGCUUUUCUGAUGGAAAAAAGAGAAGGAAACAGAUCUUUAUUUGGAAGAGAUUUUUUUGUUCGUUUGUCAUGAGAUAUUUUCAAUAUUUUCCAUUUUUCUGCAGCAUUUUUACUGAUCAGUUUUUAACUAGAUGCCCAGAGGCGAAGGGAAAUCUCUUUCUUGAGCAUGGCUGCUGACUGGGAAAAGGGAGAAAAAAAAAAAAGGGAAAAAAAAAAAAGCCCCACAGCCUUUUCAAUAAAAUUGUUGGUAGAAAAAACA